AUGACAGGUGCAACAUGCAUUGAACUUACCAGUGUCCCACCACAGGAUGAGGUCAGGUUAAAUGAUGAAGAUAUUGAACAGUUGCUUUGCGAGGCUGAGGAUCGCUUGAGGCCCAGUGAUGCUAGGGUCAAUGCUUCCAAUGCCGAUAGCUUGACCAAUGUGGGUUUGGAAGCAACCUCAGUUCAUAUCCCUAAGUUGGCACCAGGAGGCUCCCUAAGGCCAUAUGUCCGUCAACAAGAUGAUGUUGCAGUUGUGGAAGAUGCCAUCGGAGCAAUGAAUAGCCCCAGCGUCAGAUCGCCACUCGAGAUGCGACCGACUGGAUCUACAUCAAAGCCAAGAUCCAAGGACAAACCCACAGCUGGCAGCGCUUGGUUCGACCUUCCAAAGACGGAGUUGACCACAGAACUCAAGAGAGACCUGCAGUUGCUUCGAAUGCGCUCAGUAUUAGAUCCGAAGAGGCAUUACAAGAAGGAGGGCGGCAAAGCACGCCCUCCUCAGUAUUCUCAAGUAGGAACCGUCAUCGAAGGUCCGACUGAGUUUUUCAGUAGCCGCAUCGCUAAAAGGGAUAGAAAGAAGACUUUCGUUGAGGAAGCACUGGCAGCGGAGCAAGGAAACAAGCGAUUUGAGGCUAAGUACAAGGACAUCCAGUCUCUCAAGCAGAGCGGCAAACGUUCCUACUACAACAAUUUGCGAGCGAAGCGGAACACGAGGAGCAAGUGA